GUUUGGCUCAGGUUUGGGCCAUUUCGGAUUUCUGGAAUCACAGCAGCAACUUGCUCUCUUCUUUUGAAUAAACGUCCAGCGCAUUAGCACUGCAUUCAACAGCACUCGGCUUCUACUGCGAGCGGGAGAGAGUCAACAGGCUUCUGGCGGUACAGAGACACAGACACAGACGAAGAUCAGAGUCGUUGUCCGACCGCGACCGACGACCACACAACCACACGCAGCUUGGGAUAUAUCUCGUUCUUUCCUUUCUUUCUCUUUAGCAUGCAUACAUCGGAAAUAGCGCUUUUGAAUUAGCGGAUCCAUCUCUCAUCAGAAGCUCUAUAGUGCACGGGGUUUAUCGUCUACACUCUGUGCGUUAACUACACAUCAUAUCCGCACCGCCUCGACAACGAACAGCAAUGACCUCCAACCCUCCAAAGUUCGCCUCGUUCCAGAUCAAAAGGAAGCUCAACGACAGCUCGGCGGUGCCAAUAGCCCGCUCGACUGUCGUGCCGCCCUGGGAGCGACAAUCUUCAGAUAACGACUCCGCGGCAACAUCCCAAGCUGAUCCCGACGACAAAGAAGAGGGAGAGAUCGUCGAGACUCCGCAGUCGACUCCUGGCAACAUUGGAGCACCGGCAAUUGCGAACGCGAAUGUGCCUAGGAAAAAUCCAAACGUGUUCCAGAUCAAACGAAAAAGGAGCGACGAGAACCUGAAAGCAGAUCAGCCCGCUCCCGAGGAGCCUGCUCUGAAGGCGAAGCGACUGAACGGAGCACCCGCAAACCAGACUCAACCGCCGGCCACAAGUUCCGGGUCCGCUACGCCAAACCCAGUAUCGACGCCUACUCAUCCCAAACACAACUUCUAUGGUUGCUCGUUUGCUAAAGUUGAUUAUGAAGAGCUGGGAAAACUUGGAGAGGGCACCUUUGGUGAGGUUUACAAGGCCCGACACAAGCGAACGGGACGACUGGUUGCUUUGAAGAAGAUCUUAAUGCACAACGAAAGAGAAGGCUUUCCGAUAACUGCAAUACGCGAGAUUAGAAUUCUCAAGCAGUUGUCUCACGAAAAUGUCAUUCCGCUAUUCGAGAUGGCCAUCGAACGCGCUGUCUGGGACAAAAACACAAAGAAGAGAGGCUUGAUUUACAUGGUAACCCCAUAUAUGGAUCACGAUCUCGCCGGCUUGCUUGAAAACCCGGCAGUGCAAUUCAGCGUCGCGCAAAUUAAAUGCUACAUGCUCCAACUGUUAGCGGGAACAAAAUACCUACACGACAGCCAAAUCCUGCAUCGCGAUAUGAAGGCCGCUAAUCUCCUGAUUGAUAACAACGGAAUACUCAAGAUUGCAGACUUUGGUCUCGCCCGGAAAUUUGAAGAAGAGCCACCAAAGCGAGGCGAUGAAGGUGCCGCUCCCGCUCGGCGCGAUUACACAAACUGCGUCGUGACCAGGUGGUAUCGUCCACCGGAGCUACUGCUGGGCGAGCGUCGGUAUACCUGUGCGAUUGAUAUGUGGGGAGUGGGGUGCAUCUUUGGCGAGAUGUAUCGGCAUAAGCCUAUUAUCACUGGUAACUCGGACAUGGAUCAGCUGCAAAAGAUCUUUCAAUUGUGCGGAUCGCCGACGCAGGAAACGAUGCCUGGCUGGGAUAAAUUACCUGAUGCCAAUGGACUUCGGUUCCCGCAAUUUCCUCGAAGACUGGAGUACGAAUUCAACGAACUUGGCCCAGAAGGCGUCGAACUACUAGCCGACAUGCUCCUCCUCAACCCUCUCAGACGAAUCACAGCCGUCAGCGCCAUGUCCCACCCUUUCUUUUCUACAUAUCCCCUCCCUGCUACGCCGCAGGAGCUACCGAUCUACGACAGCUCGCAUGAAUACGACCGUCGAAGGUUUCAAGAGAAGGCACGCCGGGAGCCGCCUAACCGGGCCCGUCCGCCGCGAUAAGAAAACAUUGUGUUUGCUGCAUGGAGCUUUUAGAUCUGUAGGGGAUUGAUCUUGGCGGGUUAGUUCGCCGUUGAGUUACAGAUAAACUGAAUGUAUAAUAGAAUAAC